CGCUCACGGCUCACCCUCGUGCGCGCGCUCUCUUGCCCGACGAUGACUGGGCGCCCGCCGCUCUACGCCAGGUCUCCGGCUCGUCGCCAGGCCUUCGCGAGCAACGAGCACCCACCACCAGGUAAGCGCACCCUCCCUCCCUCCCUUCCGGCGAUGACCGGGCGGCCGCCGCCCUACGCCAGGUCUUCGGCCCGUCGCCAGGCCUUCGCGGGCGACGAGCAUCCACCACCAGCUCUGCUGGGUCCUCCGCCGCUGGUCGACCCGAGCGCAGGCCGAGGAGUGUGCUUGAUGAGCACCUCAUGGAGGGACAAGCAGCGCCCGGAACUCGUCAAUUUCGUCGCCACGUUCCUCGCUACCAACAUGUACCGCCUCAAUUUCAUGUCGCUUUCUCCGGACUUCAUAUUCAACAAUGGGGGCUUAUCGGUUGCUUUCGCCUUCGAGACCGACUGGCUUCCUGAAAGGGAAGCUGCGGUCUUCAGCAGGGUGACUACACUGAAGAGGCAGUUCAAGUACCUCUAUGUCGUUGUCGUCGUCCGCUCGGCAGAGCAGAAUGAAUCAUUUAAUCAGUCAUAUUUCAAGUAUGGCAUGGAGCUUGGCUGUCCAACAUUCGUCCCUGUUUGUGAUCCAGCGAUGGGAUUCGAGAAGAUUGUAAGGAUAGCUCAUGCUCGUGGAGUCUGCAAGCAGAAAGACAAUAUCGCAACUAUGAGAAUUGAGCGUGAGCAAGCUGUUCAGUGCAUGGAUGCGUUUUUACGAGUGCUCACCUCUAUUCCUGGUAUUGACAGUCAUGAUGCAAAUGCCCUUGCCCAAGCCAUUGGCUCUAUCGAAGCAAUUGCAAAAGCAUCCAAGGAAUUCAUUUUGGAAAACACCGACCUUUCCACUGAAAAGGCAGAGAGAAUUGUUAGGUUCUUCAGGGAUCCACAGUACUUCUUAAGCCCUAAACUUAAUUAAUUCUUGCAGGCAAAAUCAGAUUGUUUCGAGUGGACUGUCGAAGCCCGUUGCAAUAGCCUCGUUUGCUUUAGCUUUUUUUAGUUUCUAGUCACCAGAAGCUACUGCGGACGGCCAAACACCCAGCUUUUCAACCUACUUAUGUGAGAAUCACUUUGGUUAAAACCGUUCAAAAUUAAUGUGAAUAUAUAAUCA